AUCACUUCCCCUCGGCAUUUUUUGUGAAUGGAGCUCAUUAUGCAUGCAGCCUCCACGCAGCUCCAUUCACAAGCCUCCUCUCCCUGCAGGCUGCGUGGAGCCACUCACUCAGCCCAGAUGACCACAAACGGUUAACGGAUGGAUUAUAACAUGGAUGGAUAUCUGGAUCAGCAAGUGCCUUACACAUUAGCAAAUAAGUCGCAAGGAAAUGGGCCACUAAAUAGACUAUUGAUGGCAGCAAAGAGGAAAUUCAUGGACACAGAAUUACCCCCUCAGGAAUCCGAAGAUCUCUUCCAGGAUUUAAGCCAACUACAAGAGACAUGGCUCACAGAAGCUCAAGUUCCUGACAGUGACGAGCAGUUUGUUCCUGAUUUCCAUUCUGAGAAUUCGGUGGCAUUUCACAGUCCUCCAGUCACUAUCAAGAAGGAGCCGCAGAGUCCGGGCUCCGACCCGAGCCAGUCCUGCAGCCACAAGCAGAGCUUCAGCUACCCCAGUGGAGAGCAGUGCCUUUACGCCAGUGCCUAUGAGCAGAAAAGGGCUGCAGGAGGGGCGAAGAGCUCCUGCCCCGGGACCCCCAUGUCUCCCAUGCAACAGCAUUACUCCCCCAAACCGGCUGCGGCCGGGCGGCCCGAUGCGGGUUACCUGAACCCAGCCGCCACGUCCCAGCCCCUCCCCAGCAACAGCUACCACAUCAGCACCAGUUCCAGGUUUCAUGGACCUUCAGGGGAUCCCCUGUGCCCCCAGUUCCCCCCGCCGGGCCAGGCCUUUCAGCGCAUGCCAUCUGCCCCGGCCGGACCUGGAGGAGGCGGCGGGGGGCCCGGGGGCGGAGGAGGCGGCGGGUAUCAUCGACAGCACUCUGACCCCUGCGUGUCCUACCUGCAGCAGAGCUUUAAGCAGGAGUACCUGGACCCGCUGUACGAGCGUGCGGCUCACAUGGCGGGACCGGGGCACGGGCCGGGGCAAGGACAAGGGCCAGGGCACGGGCCUGGGCACGGGCCGGGGCACGGCCAUGGAUCUCACCCCCGGCCACACCCACACCCACACCCACAUCCACACUCGCACCGUUUCCCACCAGCUCACAUGAUGGUGAAGCAGGAACCCACAGACUACACCUACGAACCCGAUGUGCCUGGAUGUCCUUCCAUGUACCACCACAGUGAGGGCUACCCCAACCCCCAGCACAGCAACGAAGGCUAUCCGUUUGAAAAUGACUCCCGUGUGGUUCCGGAAAAGUUCGAAGGCGAGGUAAAGCAGGAGGCGGGCAGUGUUUUCCGUGACAGCACGCCCUACCAGCGCCGCGGCUCCCUGCAGCUCUGGCAGUUCCUGGUGGCCCUUCUGGAUGACCCGGGCAACGCCCACUUCAUCGCCUGGACCGGCCGCGGCAUGGAGUUCAAGCUCAUCGAACCCGAAGAGGUUGCAAGGCUGUGGGGCAUGCAGAAGAACCGUCCAGCCAUGAACUACGACAAGCUCAGCCGCUCGCUGCGCUAUUACUACGAGAAGGGAAUCAUGCAAAAGGUGGCCGGGGAGCGCUAUGUUUACAAGUUUGUGUGCGAGCCGGAAGCCCUCAUCUCCCUGGCCUUCCCCGACAACCAGCGGCCCAGCCUGAAGGCCGAGUUCGAGCGCUACGUCAACGAGGAGGACACGGUGCCCCUGUCCCACCUGGACGAGGGCGUCCCCUACCCCCCCGAACAAGCCCCCCCCAACAUGGGCCCCCAGCCCUACUCCAAAGGCUACAUGUACUAGAGCCGGCCCCCGCCUGCCCCCCCCACCAGCCCCGCCGUCUGACAUCUUCCUGUCGUACCGACCCAUCAUACACACCAUGCAACCCCUCGCACCUCUUGCACAUGUCCACCCCCUCCACUUGUAUAUAAGGCUACGGUGUUUCUGUUUUAAAUUAAUCUCAUUAGGGAUUUUUUUUUCUUUGUUUUUAAGAGCUGCAUUCCUCUCACAUCUGAGGCCUAUUCAAUACUUAAACAUGACUGUGUUUGAAGAGAUUGAUUAAUAAUAAAUACCCAUAAUGAUACUCAAA